AUGGGAUCAAAGUUCCAGGGUCAACUGUCACAAGGAAGAGAUUAUCCACCAGAGCACUUCACUCUAAGAAUUGAGUCUUUCUCGCUAAUGGUUAAAUCCUCGAUACAUGAAUACAUUUCCGAUCAAUUUCAAGUUGGGGACUACACAUGGAAAUUGCACAUACAUCCCAAUGGAAAAAAGGAGAAGGGAAGUAAGGGUUACAUCUCCCUAUAUUUAGAAUUGGUCGAUACCUUCAAGUCUGGUUGGCCAAUAAACGCUGUUAUCAAAUUCUUUGUAUUGAAUCAAAUCAAUAACAAAUAUUAUACUACCCCAGGCCCAGAUUCUGUAGUGGCAUUUCAUCCGUUGAGCAAACUAUCUGGCAUCGAUAGAUUCAUUGAUCUUCCUACUUUUGAACUUUCUUCUAACGGAUAUCUUGUUGAUGACAAAUGUGUGUUUGGUACUGAGGUUCUUCUUGUCAAACAAGAUCCCAAACUUGAGGUGUUGAUUUUACCGGAUGAAGACUCUUGUCUUACCGGCUCCCACAUUUGGAAGAUCAAAUCUUUUUCUAGUCUUUCUCUUGAUAAUUAUGAUUCCGAAAAUUUUACUUGUGGAAUAUCAGGCUUUAUCCCAGAGGAUAUAGCGUUGGCAAAAAUGAUAGUAUUUCGUUGGGGUUAUCCUACGUUCUUAGCAUUGGGUGAACUACAAAACCCUAGAAAUGGGUUCUUGGUGGACGAUUGUUGCUCUGUUGAAGCACAUGUUACCAUUCUAGGGAUGAUCAACACUACAACAUGA